CUUCUACACAUGACUCCAUCCUCCUAGCUAGUCUUACUGUGGGAAAAGAGCUCAUUGUAGCCCAGUGUUGGCUAAGAGCUCUAAUAGCUGAGUUAAGGUUGCCUGUGAUUCCACUGUAGCCUGGUACAAUAGUCAAGAAAUCUGAAGUUGAUGACAAUUGAUUCCUCCAUCAAACGUUCCCUCAAGCUUUAAUUCAUUCGUAAAGAAGCUUGCUGCUCUACCACCCACAAGGCCCUCGCAGGUAUGUGGAUGGAGAAAAAACUAUCAGAGUUUGGUUUGGCGACUCCUGAUCGAACAGAUCUGGUAUAUGUCCAGAUUCUUUGAGGCUGAUGGAAAAUUUCUCAGGCGUACUCCUUCUGCCUAUAUACCAUAUAUGGGCAAUAUUGCAAAAUGGCAAUUCGCACGAUUAAGUGGCAUGGUUGGAGUGAAUCUUUGAACGCCACACAUGCUAAUGAGCUCGGCUCGUUGGACGCUCUACAACUUCCUUGCAAGCGUGGUCUUUUCUAGGGUCAUCCAAUACACAAAAACCCUAUAGAACAUAAUGGGCUUGACUAUAGUAUCGAAGAGUCGAAAGAUUACUUUCGGUGAAAGACAUCAGGGAAGGACCUAAUUUUCGAAAUUAGUUGUGAUUGAUACUGCUUCAUUAUUUGAGAUUUAUACAGUAAAUCUAUUAGAACCUAUAAGUAUUAAAAAGUAUGGAAACGACCUAAAUGAAGAAAUAGAUGAAGAUUGCAGUAAAAAGAGACUUCUCUGAAAUGAAGUGAAGAUUCACCGCAGUGAGUGACUCAUCUUCAUUUCUAUGAUGGUUCCAUUACAUCGGAGAAGAUGGAGUCAACGCAGUUGAAAAAAUUUCGCAAAAAAGUAGUCCAUUCAUGGAACUGAUAAGUUGUCCAAAGUACCUAUUUACCGCAGACACGUUUACUAUGCAAAUUUUUAAACCAGUCUUACCCUUUACAACUUAUCGAAUGCCAUCAACGCUCGAAAAUAAGGAGCCUUUCCGCAAAUAUUUUGCAAUUUACACGCUUCUGUCUCGCGAUCAUUUAGUGCUUCAGAAAAGAUCAAACAUUUUCAUAGAUUAUGCUCGUCAAAGAUCGGGAUUACAGCACCAACUACACUUUGCCUAGAGGCCCAAUUUUAAAAUAGCCGUUUGUUUUUCAUUAAUUAGUUCGAUAAUUAAAUGAUUAAAUGUGAUGUUUCGGUCUUUUUAUUAAAUACUAGGUCUUGUUAUUCCUAAUAUACGAAUAUUCCGAUAAAAUCUGAAAAACAUAACCCAGGAUUCAGGCACGUCAACGCCAUCGAACACUACAAAGGGAGACAUCAACAAACACCGGGAGCGGCAAGUGUCAAUUCCUGGAGGAACUUACGUCAAAGCAGACAGCUCUUUUCGUGGAAGUCGCCGGGGAUGACAAAUUUCGUUUCAUAAGUUGUGGCGAAGCCAAAAUUCGAGGCGGCAAAAGGUUAUUUCGUGAUAAGUCCACACAGCCCUCCCUAAAACCGUAGACCGGUGAGUAGUGGCUUUGACAAAAUCCGGGCAAGUAGUGAAAGACCUGGAGUCGUAACCGAAAAAGACCGGAACCGGUGCCAACGGGCUUUUGUCCGAGCCCCGAUGAGAACUAAAAUGUAUGGCGCCAGUGUAAAUUUUACUUUAGACACCUGAGGAGGGUAAAUCACCCAGUCAAGGAAGAACCCUUACUCUGGACAGAAACCGGCAAAUGCGGUACUACGCACCAGUAUAUACGAUAUAGGACCGUGUGAGAUUCUUUCACAUAUUGUAGAGUUAUCAAAAUUUCGACUAUACCCGAAAGUGGCCUUCCCUUACAUAUUUAUUUUAAAUUUUUCAAUAUUUAACACGCAAAUCCAAAUGCAAUAAAACAUAAAACAAAUUGCAGGGCAAUCAAUCAAUUGUCAUAGAUUUUUAAUUUAUCUACAUUUUUUUAAAUUUUCCUAACAAGCAGUAUACAAUUAAGCAGAAAAAUACUCAUCAAAACUUAUUGAAAUGGAGACCUCCAGGAAGUUUCGUUGGCUCGUGUUUAUAUAUCUGUUCAUUUCAAGUGGGUUUGUUGAUACUUUUACAAAAUUAACCAACAUCAACUGCAAAACGCUGGAUAAGCCUUUCGCCGAUUUCAAGAGUUGUCGCCUGCAUGUGCCGAAAAGGGGAGAGAUCGCAUUAUCCUUGCAUGUUCGGCUCUUUCAGUUACCAGUUAAUAAUGUCAGUGUAAACCUUGCAUUUUUCAAGAAAGCCAGUGGUUACCGUCCAUUUUUGUACAAUGUUACCGUCGAUUUUUGUGGUUACAUGGCGAACAAGAAACGUUAUCCUUUCCUUAAUAUAUUCCAUGGUGCCUUCCUGACGAAGUCCAACAUUAACCACACCUGUCCCUAUAACCAUGACAUAAUCAUUCAAAAUCUAAUAUUGCGGGAUGAUAUGUUCGGGCGGCUACCGGUGCCAGCGGGAGAGUAUAUGACUAAGUUGAUGGUGGGAGCCUACAACGAAUGGAAGGCUGAUGUGAAGGCUUACUUCACAAUAAAACUCAAUAAAGAGUAGCAUUUAGUUGAGGAAGUGAUAGCAAAUAUGGAGAAUAGAUGCAUUUAUAUUAUGCAAAAAACUAAGAAAGAUGCCAACCUAUUUCGAAAAUAUUGCCAAAAGAUAAGUAUUUAUCGUAAAACAUUAUAUAUUAAUGCUUGCUUUUAUAAUAUUUUAUUUAUUGGAUUUGUUCUAAUAAAUAAACUUAUAAAUGGUAACUUUAAUGUAAAUGUAAUAAAAUUGCUCGGGGUGUAAAAA